AUGAUCAUACAAACAAGUGUGUCAUUUUUAAAAGUGAAUACAGUCAUGGGAUACGAGGUCUUUAUCGUUAUCUUUGUGAUGAUAUUUGUGAUUUACUCAGAGGCUGUCACGUUAAACAUGACAUAUAUACCCAAUCCAGCCCUGGAAAACUACACGGUGACAAUAACAUGCUCCUACACAGGACUGCAGACCGAUGAGACAAUAACACGCGUAAGCUGGAGUGUUAAUGUUCCGAAUGAAGUCUCGGUGACAAAAGGAAGGAUUAUCAUGCCUGCCUGUACUCCUUUUGGUGUCAUUGAUGCUAGUCUGUACAGUGUUUCUUGUGGAGAGGGUUAUUUCACAUGGACAAUCCUCAAUGUCAGCAGGAAUAGUGAUCAGCAUGUGUGGAGCAGUACAAUUGUUACAACAGUUGACGUAUACGAAAGAGACACAACACUUAAUGUUCGAGUUCCAUACAGCAUAACAGCUGUGAGCAUGACAGCACCCCAAGACUCCUCAGUGACGGUCAACGCCGGUGAUUCUACGACGUUCAAAUGUAGGACGUCAGGUGGACUUCCCCAAGCCACAAUCAAAUGGUUUAAGGUGACAGGGGAUACAUGUUCUCAAUCUGGAACAGAGAUCACGUCUUCAGUCUCCAGCCCUUCUGUCAGUGUCGUCGAGGGUUUGAAGCAAGUAGAAAGUACCCUGACUUUCACCGCUUCAGGUACAGAUAAUGAACUAAGGAUAUGUUGCAUUGCCAGUAAUGUUGCCGGUAGGCAGAGCGUGUCUGGGACCAAACUGCUGAAUGUCAGAUACGCACCAUCCGAUCCUCCAGUUAUCGAAGGAUACGCCAGUGGCAGUACAUACAGCAUGAUAGAAAACAGCACAGAAAGUAUAACAUGUAGCAGUACGGGCGGUAACCCACUGGCGACUCUAACCUGGAGCUGUUUCAACGGCCAGAUCUCCAGUCCUACUGUACAAGGCAGUACGGUAAAAAGAGUUGUCCAGUUGACUGCGAGACGUAAUGAGAACGCCAGCUGCACGUGUACAGCCUCACACGUUACCAGACCAAAUCAGCCCCGGAAUGCCUUCGUCAACGUUAACAUAUUGUAUCCUCCAUCGACACCUCUAUUCAGAGUGGCCAAUGUGGAUGUUGGUUCCGGCAUCAGAAUCUUAACCGACAGCACACAGACUGUUAAAUGUACCAGUUUCGGCAACCCGUCACCCACUUCGAGCGACUUUACUUGGAGAAAGGGCACCAAUGUACUGAGCAUGGGUUCAGUGUUGAACUGGCCGGGUGGAAUCAAGAUUGGUGAUGAAGGCAGCUACACGUGUAUUGUAGAAACAAUUAUGACACCAUCCGACCAAAGUAAAGUCGCACAAGUUGCUACGAGUUUUUCAACCGUAGAAAUCACUGUACUUUAUCCUCCAGAAUUGCCAACAUUGUAUUUGGGCAGUAGUUCAGGACCAGUUAUACAUGGUCCUUUGACGCUCGUGGUUCAGCGGCCAUUCACUCUUGUAUGCGAUGCUUCUUCUAAACCUCCGGCCAACUUCUCUUGGGCAGUAGGAGUGAACACUGUCCAAGGCCAGCUGCUUCAAGACAUGUUUACUACAAAGGUGAACACAAUGAGGACGUGUACUGCAAGUAGUACACUUAACCCUACAGUAGGACCAGCCAGAACAAUGUCUUCCUCUGCUACAGUCACAAUACAUAUAAACUAUCCCCCUGAAAAUGUUUCCAUCACGCACGGGUCAGUAUCCGGAACUGUCAUUCAGUCCGAGUUCAGAGUAAUCGAAGGAAAUGCGACCAAAUUAUACUGCAGUGUACAAAGUCAGCCGGCUUCGUCAUUUACUUGGUCAGGAGCAGACAUACACUCGCUUCGUAGUAAUCUGGUAUACAGCAAUACGCUACAAUCGCAGACCGGGGUGCUCUCAUGUUUGGCGGAAAACAAUAUGACGCAUGGUAACCAAGCUGUAAAAGGAUCGGCGUCACGAAACAUUUCCUUAAAUGUUCUUUAUCCUCCAAAGCUGCUGACAUUACACAGGAUAAAUGCAGUAGAAGGACGUUCGCUUUUGAUUCAAUGUCAAUACACUGACGGAAACCCGAUAGCAACAACGUUAACGAUCACCAGAACAGCUGACGGCACCAGUUGGAGUGGAGAACACACAAUCCAGUCAGUAAGACGCGCAGAUGCCGGUCUUUACAGAUGUACAGUCGAGAAUUCGAUGGAUCCUACCGGAGAGGAUAAACGAACAGGGAUGGACACAGCGGAUUUUGAGAUUAACAUCUGGUACAAUACCUCGAUCACAAGAUUUGAAGUCAGCGGCAAUCCAAACCAAACCAUCGUUACCAUUAAUGAGUCGGACAGGUUUGUGGUCGUCUGUGGGGUCUUAAGCAACCCAUAUUCUACGAUCAGAUUAGAAAAAAAUCACAUGGGCACAACCCUUUUGAAAACAGAAAAUGUUCUUGAAGUAGAAUACUCAAUUCAAAAUGCCGUAUGCUCUGAUGCUGAUGUCUACACAUGUUCGGGUUUCAACAACUACACAGACAUGGAAAAUACGCCAUACAAAGAGUUGCAGUUGUUUGUCCGAUGCUCUCCUAGACCAUCCGACAGCCGUGAACAUUUGAGACGAAAUUUCACUGGAACCUUGCACGGAAAUGUCACUCUUGCCUUUAUGUCUGUUGCAUAUCCACCGCCAACGUUUGAAUGGCAAAUGUGGAAUGGAACAUCGUUUAACAAAGUAAAUGGGGAUAAAUAUGUUAUCACAUCAUCAGAUCUGCUCACAUCAUUAACCAUUGUGAAUAUUCAACAGAACGAUUUUGUCUCAUAUAUUCUGAAAGUUUCGAAUGGAAUACAACCAUUUUUACAGGAACCAUUUUAUCUUAAUCCACAAGAUGUACCACAGUGUCCUUCACACUUUACCCUGCUAUCAAAAUCGACUACAGUGGCAACAGUUCAGUGGAAAGGAGAGUUUAAUGGGGGAAUUCGGCAGACAUUUGUUCUGGUUUACAAGAAGCGAUUUGACUCAAAAUACAUUAAUCUUUCUAAGACUGAGGAUAAAGAAACAGAGAUAUACAAUACGGAACUAACAGAUUUGGAUUACGGCCAACUCUACGAUGUUAUCUUAUAUUCACAGAACAUGAUUGGCCCAUGCAUUGAAAAUAAGUCAUUGGAGUUCAUAACGGACACAGAAGAAAUAACUCAAAAUCAUGCUGCUGUUAUUGGUGGUGUAGUUGGUGGAAUUCUCGGAGUAGUUUGCGCUGUAAUCAUCCUAGUGCUCGUUCUGAGACGAAAGUACACAUUAAACUGUGUCUGUAAGAUGUUCCUAUCAAGAAAAGAAGAAAUAGAAUCAGAUCAAAAUGGCCAUGGUGCUGACAACCCGGGAUAUAAUGCUGCCGAAACGUACGAAGUUGUGUCAACGACAAGGGAGACGCCAGUUUACGAUGCGUUAAAUGUUGCAAGUGAUAGACCCGACAAUUCGCACUUGUACACGCCGUUGAAUGAAUCCAAUUCAAAAUCACAUAAUUACUACGAGAAUGUUAAGAGCGAGGAUCCCGUUUACAAUAAUACAGUGUUGCAAAACCCAGUGCAGACAGUGCUUUAAAUAAGCAAAACAUUGGAGCUCAUACGAGAUAUUACCUUUAAACUAAAGAAUAGUUUUAUUAUGAUGUAUCCUAAUCUACAACUUGUAUUCUAGUAAUGAAAUAAUGUUUAAAAUAGGGAAUAUGUACUUAUAUGUAUACAUACUUAGCAGAAAAGACGGGGGUGGGGGGGGGGGGUAGCUUUAUGGCAGAUAUUACAACUAAUCGUUUGAUACUUUUAUUUUUUUAAUUCUUAUUCAGAAUAUAACACUUAGAAUUGGUUAAUGAUGUAUGGAUGUUUAGAAACUCCGUCAGUAUUGUUGCAUGCUUCAUUGCAGUGAAGAGAAACCGUUAGAACGUCAACCCGAUUAACACUAGUAAACUGAACUCGAGCAUUGAAACAAAUGAUUAUUUGAUUGUGUUAGAUAACUUUAAACACAGGCAAGCUAUCUCAAAAAUAAGGUUGUCCUCGCAUAAAUUAAACAGUGAGAGAUGUAAAUGUUCAGGUGUAGCUAGAGAAGAUCGAAAAUGUGAACUUUGGAAUUUGAAUGAGGAGGAGGAUCACUAUCAUUUUAUGGUUGUACGUAAUGUAUAUAGUGACUUAUAGAGAGAGUAUAAAUAUGACUGGCGUGUUCAAAUUUAUUCAACUUAUAACUGUAAGAAAAGAACACCAAGUUAGCAUCGUAUAUCAUUAAAGCUUCUAAACAAUGAUAUAUCAUUAUCAAUAUUGGACAGUAGAAUAUAUUUUGUAAUGCAUUUCCUUCUCUAUUGUAGUUUGUGACAUGUUACGCACAAGGAAGCUAAUUAGUGCUAUCAAUUGUGAUCGAGUUCUAUUUCAUUGUCUGUGUAUUUAAGAAUUACUUAUAUAUGUAUAUGAUGAUAAGCUGUAUAUGAUUAAAUCAAAAUA